GAUUAUAUUCCGGGCAAUAGAUUCCGCCCUCCUACCUGUACUGCACCUUGGUAGCCUCUGGAGUACAACUGCUUCUUUGUAACAGCUGCCCUCUGUCAGCACAGUCGGUGAGAGACAGAAUACCUGCCAACGUGCUACGCUCAGCUUUGGUGUUUUUAAGCAAACGACAAAUAAUCAAAUUACAAGAACGAAAGACAAGAGCGAUUGACAGCGUUCAGUCUGUCAGAGAACAGCAAGAACAUCAGUGCAUCGGUUAGAGUCAACAAACGUUGCUGGAUCGCUACUUGACAGACUACUUGAGGACUAACAUGAGAUCGAUGUAUCUGUGCUGAGAAAUAGUAGUUCGUUUUACGGUGAAGAAUGUGAAACGCUUCGAAUAAGUUAGCGCUUUAGCACACGUCUUGGGAGAGAAAUUUAGUUUUCGAGGAUUUUCUGCUUAGCCAAAGCCGUUCGUACGUUACAGGUUGCAGUCUUCUCAUUUAUCGCGGAGGUAAUCGUGAGAGCGGGUGGCCCGCGCCCGGAGGAGAGUGGUGGCCGAGGCAACAACUGGAUAACCGUUUCGGGCGUGCUGGUGCGUCACCUAAAAUAUCGUACAUGUUUCCAUCCGAGGAUGACAACUUGUGGCUCGACACCAGUGACAUCUUGGAGAUAAAGACGGAAAAAGAAAGUACACUAACGGAUCAGUUAUCAGAAAGCCAAAUGGAAAUCCUCAUACUCUACUCGCCAGAUAUUCCGUGCGCCGAGAGCGGGCAACGGAUGUGGUGGGCGUUCCUCGUCGCAUCCUUGGCCACUUUCUUUGGAGGUCUAUUCAUCAUACUGUUAUGGAGAACGCUCAGAUAUUUAUGGACCGUUUGCUGCCAGUGCGGCAACAAGCAGGAGCCCCAGCGUGUCAGUGACCCCAUAGAGGCUGCUAACUGUACAAGUGAGAGAGGGGGGGGGAAAGGCCAGGAGGUGGAGGUCCCACCUGACUGGACGACUUCAGUUAAGGACUGGGCUGAGGUCAUGAUCUGCGCACAGAACACAACUGGACGUGUGAUGGUGGUGCUGGUGUUCAUCCUCAGCAUCGCAGAACUGAUAAUUUAUUUCAUCAACUCAUCAGAUCCUAUAGAAUCCUGCCCAGACUUCAGCACUGACUUCACCUUGCAGGUCGACAUGGUGUUCAACGUCUUCUUCCUGCUGCACUUUGGCCUGCGUUUCAUUGCAGCUAAUGAUAAGCUAAAGUUCUGGCUGGAGGUGAAUUCUGUUGUGGACUUCUUCACUGUGCCACCAGUAUUUGUGUCUAUGUACCUGAACAGGAGUUGGCUAGGAUUGCGUUUUUUAAGGGCCUUAAGAUUGAUACAGAUGUCGGAAAUCUUACAGUUUUUAAAUAUUGUACAAACUAGGGAUUCUAUAAAGUUGGUGAACUUGUGCUCAAUCUUCAUAAGCACAUGGCUAACAGGGGCAGGCUUUAUACACUUGGUGGAAAACUCAGGGGAUCCUUGGAAAAACUUUGAAAAUUCCCAGUCACUUAGCUACUGGGAAUGUGUAUAUCUGCUCAUGGUAACCAUGUCCACAGUGGGAUAUGGCGAUAUUUAUGCUAAAACAGACAUUGGACGCCUUUUCAUGGUGUUUUUCAUCCUCAGUGGUUUGGCAAUGUUUGCUCGCUACGUGCCAGAAAUCGCUGCUAUUAUCUUAAAUCGGCAGAAAUAUGGAGGGACUUAUGACUUGGCCCCAGGAAAAAAGCAUAUUGUUGUAUGUGGUAACAUUACUCUGGAAAGUGUUUCUAACUUCCUGAAAGACUUCCUACAUGAGGACAGGGAUGAUGUCAAUGUAGAAAUUGUUUUUCUCCAUCAUAUUGAACCUAAUCUUGAGCUGGAAGCCUUAUUCAAACGCCACUUCACUCAGGUGGUGUUCUUCCAGGGUUCUGUCCUAAAUCCCUAUGAUCUUGCUCGAGUCAAGAUUGAACUAGCAGAUGCCUGUUUGAUUAUAGCUAAUAAAUACUCUCCAGACCCUGAUGCAGAGGAUGCAUCCAAUAUCAUGAGAGUGAUAUCCAUCAAGAACUACAAUUCAAAAAUACGUAUUAUCACCCAGAUGCUACAGUAUCACAAUAAGGCUCACCUACUGAACAUCCCCAGCUGGAACUGGAGGGAGGGUGAUGAUGCAAUCUGCCUGGCUGAGCUGAAGCUGGGCUUUAUUGCUCAGAGCUGCCUGGCCCAAGGCCUCUCUACCAUGCUGGCCAACCUGUUCUCCAUGAGGUCCUCCAUGCAGCUUGAAGAGGAGAUAUGGCAGAAGUAUUAUCUGGAAGGAGUAUCUCAGGAAAUGUACACAGAUUACUUGUCUAGUUCAUUCGUGGGUUUAUCAUUCCCUGAGGUUUGUGAGCUGUGCUUUGUGAAACUAAAUCUCUUGCUGAUAGCCAUUGAGUUCAAAUCUGGUCAGAGAAGUGUGAAUUUGAUGAUUAAUCCAGGGAAAAAUGUGAAGUUGCAAGAGAAAACACUGGGUAUCUUCAUUGCCAGUGAUGCCAAAGAAGUGAAGAGGGCCUCAGUGUACUGUAAGGCUUGCCAUGAUGACAUCUCUGACCCCAAACUGGUCAAGAAGUGUGGAUGCAUGCAAACUAAGAAGGCUGGCAUUCGCCGGAUGCGCCUGAUGGGCUGUUUAGAUUGCAACAAGGGGGAGCAUGGCUGUUCAUGUGUCUCCCGCAGUGUCCAUACAAGCGUGGAGAUGCCACCACAUGCAUUUCCCCUCUCUUCCACCUCUCUUCCUGUGAGGCAGAGUCCGAUUCUCCUCUGUCAUCUAAGAAAAAAAAGAAGAAUGAACAAUUGGGGGAAUCAACCAACCUUUCUCCACAAAACUCAAGACAACCACUGGACACGAUAGACGACAGUGUGAAGAGGUACGACUCUACAGGAAUGUUCCACUGGUGCCCCCCCAGAGA